AUGGUGCUGACGCUCGUCGAGACAACACGCUCUGCGAAAGCAGCGUUGAUCCCACGCCAGCACUGCUCGCUUGCCAAGCCAAAGCAAGCAAUUUCAGAGCUUGCCAAGCCAAAGCAAGCAAUCUCAGAGCUUGCCAAGCCAAAGCAAGCAAUCUCAGAGCUUGCCAAGCCAAAGCAAGCAAUCUCAGAGCUUGCCAAGCCAAAGCAAGCAAUCUCAGAGCUUGCCAAGCCAAAGCAACUUAGCCGCGAGAAACUCGUGCUCGGCCUCGAGCGACCCAGCAAGGGCCUCAAGAAGAAGCUCGGGGAGAGCUUCGAGGCUGCCAUGAUCCUCGGGGUCGCCGACGAACUCCUGCGUUGCAGACCCGGGGCGAAAGCCGACCUGUCUCCGAGGAGGAAGAUUCGUGCGCAAGGCGUGCAUGCGCAGAAGGUGGAGUACUGCGAGGACGCCACGUAUGGAUUCGUGGUGAUCCAGGGCGACCACUACACCCUGGCCGUGGGCACGCUGGCCUCGUUCGAGGUCAAGUUCGGCGUGGCCAACAGGCUCGGACGGGGAGGCCAGUCACAGAUCCGCUUCGCCAGGUUAGCAGAGGAGAGCCGCUUGAAUCACCUGAAGGGAGUGUACGAGCGAAUGGAGAGAGCCUUCCUGGCGCAGGACAAGACGCUCUUGGUGAAGAGGAUCGCGGUGGCCGGUCCGGGCCCCAUGAAGAGCCAGUUCCUGGAGCAGCUUCCCCGUAUGUGGAGCUCGCUGGUGGACCCGCAGGUGCUGACCACGGCCCAGGUGGGCCUGAGUCGGCUGAACCAGCUAGUGGCCCUCCUGAAGGAGUAA